CCUGCUGAACGAUGCGAAGAACUACUCACUGAACACCGGAAUGGAUUAUCUCAUCGUAAACUAUGCUUGGAAUUGCACCGCCACAGCGUCACCAGAUGGCAAUUGGAUGGGAAUACAUUGCGGAAAACCCAAACUUCCGCAUGAGCGAAAGAUCAAGCAUAGGAAGGCUCAAAUAACAACUGGGCCGUAUGAACAGGGAAUCGUUGUCGUCCAUAAUCAAUCCCACAAAACAACCCUCGUCAGCGUGUCGGUGAUAAAAUUCGGGGCGCCAGUUGAGGAAAUAAAUUCAGCGAUCGCGGGAACCGGAUUUACAAAAGAUGAUGAAUAUGAAAUGUAUCGGUAUAUUUCGACGCCAAAUACUUUGGUGCACAUUGAGCCCGGCGAGAAAAAGGAGCUAAAGCCAGGACUCGAUUCUGGCUACUUGACAAUUUUCCAAAAACAGGAAAGAACACAUCGAUUGAUAAGGGACGGGCAAGAAGAGGACUUAUGGGAUCACAAAAUGGGCCCAACGAUCGAGGUGCAAAAUACAGAAGGGCAAGCCGUACAUAUCAAAAUUGAUGUUGACGAGCCGAGUUCGGUGGAAUUACCGAUACGCGAAAGGCAAGGCCCGUGGUUUUGCACGAAUUGGUUCCACAAAAUCUACUACCGAAAAUUCGUCCCACCAGGCUACACGUUUUUGCACAAGCAAAACAUGAGGUGGUAUCUGCCGCAUGCGAAGAAAAAGCGGAGAAGGCUCUUUGUGACCGUGAUAAAAGCUGAGGAUGAUGGUACAUCUACCUCCAGAAUCUCCCGUAAAGAACUUGUCUUGACAAAUAUGGAUUUGUUGAAAAAGGGUGGUUUUGUGCUGACGAUCGAUAAGAAAGGGCGGAUAAUUCCAGAAUCUGAAGGAAUG